AUGCCACCAAAAAGGAAGUCUGUAACCGAUGAGGAAGAUGAUGAAUAUCGUCGGAAGCGCGAUCGCAAUAACCAGGCUGUAAAGCGCAGUCGAGUUAAGUCGAAAAUAAAAACAGAAGAAACUCAGCAGCGUGUAAACGAUCUGCGAUUGAAGAACCAGUUGCUGGAGGACAAAAUCGACAACCAGAAGAAGGAGCUUAAAUUCCUGAAGGAACUAUUUCUCACUCAAGCGCAAGCGAAGGCCGACAAACUAGUUGGCGUCAAUAUUAACGAUCUACUUCAAGAUAAUGAUGAUGAUGACGACGAUGAUGACGAUAAUGAUAGCGAGGAUAACAAACAACGAGUCAAAGAUCGCUCUAAGGGAGAAGGAAGCAAGAGCAAGUCCCGAAGGUAGCAAAAGGGGAAAAUUCGGAAAACCAAGAAGAUUCAGAAAGACCGAUAAAGGUAA